AUGAAUGAAGUAACCAAUGAAACUAACAAUACUACAUCAGUAACAGUCCAUAAUAAACAACCCAGUGCUGUACGAAAACGAAAGCUUCGUCGUGUAAAAUCAUUAAUUAGAUCGUCUAUUGAUAGAUUAACAAAUGAAAAACAAAUAGAGCAGAUUGGAAAAACAAUAUCAACAAAUACAUCUGUUGAUAAAAGACCUUUUCCCUUUGGACAUUGUCGUGUUUGUGCGGAUAAAGCUACCGGUGCUCAUUAUGGUGUCCCAACCUGUGAAGGAUGCAAAGGUUUCUUCAAACGAAGUAUAUUACGAAAAGAAAAAUAUCGAUGUUAUUUUGGUGACAAAUGUACAAUUAAUAGUGACAAUCGUAACAGAUGCAAAUCAUGUCGUUUUCAAAAAUGUCUUAAAGAAGGAAUGUCUGUAGAAGGCGUUCGAAUGGGUCGAAUACCUAAAUUAAUAAAAGAAAAAGCUUUAGCUGAACAUGUAUCAUCAACUAUAGAAAAUGAAGAUCCAACUCAAUUAUCAUCACCACGUGUUCCAUCAAUAAAUAUAAAUUCACAUAAUCCUAUAUCAACAUCAACAACAGUUGAUUUAAAUUUACCAUUUAUUGAUGAACAUUUACUUUUUGCUGAAUUAGAUACUAUACCGAAUGAUAGUCAGUUUAAAUGUCAUUCACCACCACGAAUACCAUCAACUACAGUAUCAUCAUCAUGUCAUAAUUAUGAAUUACCAGAUAAUUUUACAAUAGAUGAAACAAGACAAAGAGAUGAUAAAGAAGAUGAUAAACGUAUCGUUAAAUUAAAUCAUUUAGCUUUAACUAAUUACAUGACAAAUUGUGAAGAACGUUUUGCAAAUAAUGUUAUUGAACGUAUGAAAAAUAUUGUGACAAAAAUAUCACAUCCAACAACAUGUACAGAACUUGAUUAUGAUGAAUCAUCAUUCAUUCGAUAUCUUCGUUGGAAAAUGUUUGAUUUAAGUAAUACAUAUAAUGGACGUACAAGACAAUUAAUUGAACGAAUGAAUAGUAUGAUUCAUCUUGGAAUUACAGAUUUUCCGGGAAAUUCUUCAUCACUUCAAGAUAUCUGGGCCGGGCUCACAGAUGCUAUUCCAUUUCAUGUUAAAAAUCUCAUCGCUUUUGCACGAGAAAUGCCAGCAAUCAAUGAAAUUGAUCCGGACGAUUUUCAUAAAAUAAUGAACAAUCGUCUAUUUGACUUUUGGCUUAUUAAACAUGCACCAUUAAUUGGUAACAAUGAAUCAUAUAUGAUGUUACCCAAUGGACUUCAAUAUACACGACAAUGGAUGAAUAAAAUCAUUGGUGAAGAAAUGGUUCAAACAAUGUUUGAUUUUGCUAAUAAAUUUAAUGCCUUACGUUUAACGCAUGAAGAACAUGCUUUAAUAUUUCCUGUUGUUAUUUGUCUUAAAGAUGAAACACUUCAUGAUCAAGAAACUGUUCGUAAUAUUCAAUGUUUUUAUUUAUAUGCAUUAUAUAUUCAAAUGUUAACAACACGUACACAACCAGAAGCUAAAUUAAUAUUUCGUAGUCUACUUCAGAUUUUUGCUUAUUUACCGUUAUUAAAUGAAUUACAAGAAAAAAAAAUUGGUUCACUCAUUCCGCCAAUUAAUAAAAAUCAUCGGAUUUUAAGCACGCUUCGUGGUUUCAUGCACGAUGUUCUUUUAUUAGAAUGUCAUGAUUCUGACGCAGAAUUAUAA